CACGAAAAGUGCAAGCUUAACAUGAGCCUCUACCACCCUCUCCUCCCCUCACCCAGCCACCCACGGCAAUCAUGAAAGUCAAAGAUGCCGGGCAUGUGAUGUCCAACGCCGAGGUCGCCCACUGGAUCAGUCAAAAGCGCGCCCAGCAUGCCCGCGAAGACGCCCAAGACAAAGCCUCCGGGGCUCGACCGACUCCUCGCCCGCCCAACUUUCUAAAAUCUCUCGAGAAGCACGAGCGCCACCUCUCAUCUGACGCGUACCCGUACGAGCAGAAUCCAAGUGCAUACAAGGGCGACAAUUCGGACAAGAGCAUCGCCAAGUUCCAGGCGGAACACAUGAGUCGGAUCCAAGAGCCGUUGGCGGCGAAGUACAAGGACGCUGUGCGGAAGAAGGAGCUCAGUGUGCGCGAGGCGCAGGUGAAGCUCGAGAUGGAGCAGGAGAAGAAGGAGUUGACGGAAGCGGAGUUGUUGAUGAUCCACAACCAUGCUCCGACGAGUGCGGAGCAGCUGCAGCCGAUGAUUGAGAGCGUGGAUGAUCGAUUUACCCCCCAGGAGCUCGAGGUGCUCCUCGACAUCAUCUUAAAAGUCUUCCGUGUGGACCAGCUCCAGGCGGCGAGGUUGGCGAAGCGAACGGAGCCCACGGCGGAGGUCUCGGUCGAGGGAGGAGCCGAAAGCAUUGGGUGAGAUGGGCAGGCUACUGGACGAAGAGAAUGAAGAGAAUGAACGGAGCGGGCUUGAGGAUGGCAAGCUCUCCCAUCGCAACAUGAUGGACCCGACGCCCACCGCUGUGACUCGCUGCAUGGCGCAACAACAGCUUGCCAAGAGUCUCAGCAGCCAGAGACUGACCGUCCUGGUGCCGCCUUCCGCCUGAAGAGCUGCACUCGCGUCUCCAUGGACGAACGAGAACGUCCAUCUUCAAAUCCCACCCGAGCACGUCACGCUAGAAAUGAAUGCACUUUGAGAAGUAGGAUCGAUUGACAGCUGCA